AUGCUCACCAAGGAGGAGUUCCAGAAAAUAUAUAGACAGUUCUUCCCCUUCGGGGAUCCUUCUUCGUUUGCGGACUAUGUCUUCAAUGUCUUCGAUAGCGAUAAAUCUGGGUCGAUCGAUUUUAAAGAAUUCAUAUGUGCUUUAAGCGUCACUAGUCGAGGGAAGAUGGAAGACAAACUUGAUUGGGCGUUCCAGCUCUACGAUAUUGAUGGCGAUGGCAAGAUCAGCUACGAUGAGAUGUUGGCAAUUGUCGAAGCAAUCUACAAGAUGGUCGGGUCGAUGGUCAAGCUCCCUGCGGACGAGGAUACCCCUGAGAAGCGCGUACGCAAGAUAUUUAGAAUGAUGGACAAGGACGAGAAUGGCAGUCUUGACAUGGAGGAGUUUAAGGAAGGCAGCAAGCGUGACGAGACUAUUGUAUCCGCCCUGUCUUUAUAUGACGGCCUUGUUUGA